AUGCCUCUCUUCAGCAGCCUUCGGCGCCGCCAGCCUACCCGCCACCGACACAUCAACCCCAACCGUCUCCUCGUUACCACGCUCCUCCUACCCGCUUUAGCCCUCGCCCAAGACGAUGACGAGCCCACCUCCUCCACCAACCAAUUCUCCCAGCCCUUUGUCGACCAAAUAACAGGCCUCAAUAUGGAGAGAUUCUUUGGUGCAAGGACGUCGUUUGGCUUUGCCUUUGCCCUCCCUGAUGCUCAGCCCGUCGCUAGCACCGGCUCCUUUAUUGGUCAACUCUCAUUCCCCCUUGUGAAUGGGCAAGGUUGGGGAUCGUUCGGCUUGACUGGAGAUAUGGAGGGCAAUUUUAUUCUCGCUGUUUGGCCAGAUGGCAAAGGGGGCGUCAUGGCGUCCUUUCGACAAGCUACGAAUGAAGACAACCCGCCUGAAGUUGCUGGACAAUUUCGAGUUAGACCUCUACCGGAGGGAGUAUCUGUCAAUUCGACUUCCUUGCUGUAUACCUUCCUCUGCGAGAACUGCCUCGACAGUACUCUCGGCGUAGGCCCGGAAGCCACAGCGGGAAACGCAGUCAUGGGGUGGGCAUUGUCGGAGAGGCCGCCAAGGGGAGACCCUUCUGAUCCUGGUGCAUUCCUAGGAUUUCACGAAAGGGGCUUUGGGCCUUUCACGGCUCGUCUGGCACAAGCCAAGACUGCAGGGUUCGAUGCCGUUGCAGCCACAGCACUUGAUCCUGUUGGGGAUUCUGGCAACGCAGUGGCAGCCGUCCCAGGGGCUUUCGAGGACGGAAGUGGUGAUGAAGAUAGUGGUGGGAACAGAGACGGGGACGAGAGUGGUGAUGACGGCGAUGACGAUGAUGACGAUGAUUAG